CUUGACGCGAAACCUUUUUUCAAGCUUUCGCUUUCUCACCAUUACUGUUCUCAAGAGAACUCUCUAACAAUGCAUAAGAUACUGCAUUACACUGACUUACAAUGGUCCAAUCCAAAGCAGGAUCAUACAGGAACAAUUGAAAGAAUGUACAAGGAACUAACUGACGAUGAUAAGAAAAAAUACGAUGCGCUGGUCGAAGGUGCUUUCAAGGAAAAGUAUUGGAAUCCAGAAAGGUACAAAGUCGAGCAAACAAGACUAGAAUCCCGACAACAUGCUUGCCAUGCAUGUCAGAGUGACGCUCAUGGGCAGACUGCUGGCAGUCAAUUUAGUUUUGUCAACAGCUUUUGCAACGUAUUUAUUUUCAUAGGAUUGGUGAAUAUGUUGUACGAGUUCUCAAAAUGGGAUGUCAUCCAAAAAUUUGUUAGUAAAUAAUGUUACUACCAUCCCCAUAGUGGGUACUGUAAUCAGCAGUAAAUUACAUAUCACUUAUAAAACCAUUGGGAAUUCAUGCCAGUCAGUUAACGAUAUACCGUCG